GCAAAUAAAGGCCGCGUAAAAAUAUUCUCCCAGAGUGCAGCGCAGGGCAGAGACUCACACGGACGGACGGCGCGGAGGACACAGACCGGGCCACACGGUGGAUUAGUAUCGCUUUUCGUCGCUCCGGACCCGUCCAAUCUGUCACAGACCACCCUGGCCACAGGAGCAGCGACAUACAGCCGGGACGUGUUGCCAGGAAUCAGGUCGGAAAGUUCAAGGGAAACCCUGCGGAGUCUGUCCUGUGGAGAUAGUGGUCAAAUUUCCAAAAUCCCCCCAAAAAGUGAAGAGGUGUUUCUCUCUCCAUCCACUGCUACAGGCUACCUGCUGCUGCUACGGAGGAGGAACUACGUCUAGAGACCCUUGGAUCGCUUAAGAGCAUCCCUUUUUUUUUUUAGGAUCUCUCAAAUAUUAACACUUUUUGCACACCAAGUGUUAUUUCCUCUCUUGUCCUUUUUUGGGAUAUAUACAGUCAUCUUUUUUUUCCUUUCUAUUUUAGUACUUUAAAAAGUGCCUUAAUAGCUGGUUAUAACCCACUGUAACUGUGGCAUUGAUACCAGACCAGAGGGAGAAGACGAUUAUUAUCAGCUUUAGAGCCCAGGCAGGAUUACUGGUUCCCCACCUUCCAGAGAGCUACAACCAUGAGUCAGGGGGAUGUGUCGACGUGCUCGGCGCCGCAGAGGGUUUUCCAGGAGGCGGUGAAGAAGGGCAACACCAAGGAGCUGCACUCUUUGCUGCAGAACAUGACAAACUGCGAGUUCAACGUCAACUCCUUCGGGCCAGAAGGACAGACGGCCCUCCACCAGUCCGUUAUUGACGGGAACCUGGAGCUGGUAAAACUGCUGGUGAAGUUUGGUGCAGACAUCCGACUGGCCAACAGGGAAGGGUGGAGCGCUUUACACAUAGCCGCCUUCGGGGGCCACCAAGACAUUGUGCUAUACCUCAUCACCAAGGCCAAGUACUCCUCUGGGGCCCGGUGAUCUGUCUCUGCUGUCAGGUAAAAAAUAAGAAAAAUAAAAAAAAAAAAAAAUAACAUCAAGUGGAAAAUAAAGCUGCAACACACGGGAAAGCCAGGCUCUUGUAAAAGCAAAAACAAAAACUGCCAUCAUCUACAUAGUUGUGCCAAAUUCUCUCUCUCUCUCUCUCUCUC